AUGAAUGUCGAUGUGGAGCAGCCGCCGCACCGUCACCGCCAUGCUUUUGGUCGCAAUCUGGUCAGGAAGAUUCCCCUGAGUCCCGUAGUUAAGGGACAUAUCGUUGCGGUAAUUGGAGAGUUCGUCGGAACCUUCUGCUUCUUGUUCUUCGCUUUUACGGGAGCACAAACAGCAAAUGUAUCAUCCAACCCGAACACUGGAACGACGGUCAUCACGCAAACGGCCCAGAAGAACCCAUCGCAAUUACUGUACAUCUCGCUCGCUUUUGGAUUCUCCCUCGCCGUCAACGCAUGGGUGUUCUUUCGCAUCAGUGGAGGCUUGUUCAACCCAGCAGUCACUUUGGGAAUGGUGAUCAUCAAUGCCAUCACUUAUCUACGUGGAGUACUGUUAUUCAUCGCUCAGAUGCUCGGAGCGAUUGCCGCAGCGUUCGUCGUACAAGCGCUCUUCACAGGAAAGCUCAACGUCGCGACGACACUCUCCACCACCACGACCAAUGCACAAGGUGUCAUCAUCGAAAUGAUCUUGACCGCCCAGCUGGUUUUCACAAUCUUCAUGCUUGCGGCCGAAAAGCACACCGGUAACUUCAUCGCCCCGGUUGGAAUUGGUCUUUCGCUCUUCAUCGCAGAGCUCACCGGCGUCUUCUGGACCGGUGGGUCUCUCAAUCCAGCUCGUUCCUUCGCACCGUCCGUCGCAACAGCGAGCUUCGACAAAGAGCAGUGGGUAUACUGGGUAGGACCAUGCGCAGGAUCCAUCUUGGCAGUGAUCUUGUUCAAGGUAGUCAAGAUCCUGGAGUAUGACACUGCCAACCCAGAUCCGGAGGCUCACGCAACCACCGGACCUACAUUGGAUGUUGCUCGGCCGUCGACCAGCACUGCUGUGCACAGCUCUGAGUCGGACACGGCGGGCAAGAUGGUAUGA